AUGGCGGAAGAGAAGGAAGGACAAGAGGAGCUGUUGUUUCAGGAUCUGCUCAAGGAGGACAGCGAAGACGCGGAGGGGAAGCCCAAGCGACCGUCCCGUGCGUGGCCGCCACUCCCGCCCGGCUACGCGCUGCCGUCCGAUCCGCAAGAAUUGAAAUGCUACAAUUUCUUCGAAUUGUGGGGCCAGUGUGCCGCGCCGUCAUGGUGGCUGCGUAACUUCUACCGUGAUGGCAGCGUGGGCUUCAACUGCCAGGAGCGCUGGGAGAACCUGCAGACAUGCGUCCUCCUCAAGUUUAGGAAGUACGACCAAGCCAAGAGGGAGUUGCGUGACAUUCGCGAACAGCGAGAGAGGAAGAAGGGUCCGCACGUGUGGGACUUCCGACAGAGGCCUCCCGCCUACUUCAAGAAGUUCGACUAUCCGCCCGACCAGCCUCGACCAUCAUGA